AUGAAGUUCGUUCCUGUAUUCUUGCUCGCACUCUCGUCUCUCAGCACCUUUGUCAAUGCUGGCGAAUUCUUAUCACCUCAACCUCAUGAGACUCUAUAUUCUGCUGGUCCUGCAAAGCAAGGAAGCUUCACAUUUAUUGUGCCGGAGGAUGCUUUGACACCGGAAGGUUGUAACAGCUCAACACUCCUCGCUGUGUUUCGUCGUAAAUUCUAUCUCUGGGACGUCAAUAAUGUGCCAGUCAUGGUUGAGAUGCCUCCGGUAAACGACACUUCAAGCGAUGCUUCUACUGCUCCUGAAAGCGAUCUAUCAUAUAUUGAACAAGUAGUUGCAUCAAACGGGAGCGAACAACAACAGAACACCGAUGGAACUGCUUAA